AUGGCAAAUCAAAUAAACGUACUUUUGAAUAGAUGGAUAGAAUCCAUUUUGUUGUUCAAGCAAAGUGGUGAAGUGGCUCACUUGCAAGAUACAAUCCAAUAUGGGCAGAACGCCUUCUCACAAGUUUCGCUGGAAUCACCUCAUCAUCUCACUUUCCUCAUCAUCUUAGGUGAACUGUUCGAAGGUCUUUAUUAUCAAAUAUACGACCUUAAUCAUCUCACGCAGGCAAUCGAGUACAGUCAAGAAGCUGUCGAUCUGACACCGAGGGGGAAUCCUGAUCGAGCUAGUCUGCUCAACAAUCUCAGCACUCUUCUCAGUACGCGGUACGAAAGAGAAGGCAAGCAAGAAGACCUCACGCAGGCAAUCGAGUACAGUCAAGAAGCAUGUAAAUGCUUGAACAGCCCCCCAUCAUUGCGUCUUCGUGGUUGUCAGAUUGCUGUAAACCUAUUGACCAUAUCUCAAAGAUGGCCCGAAGCACAAAGCCUAUUGGAGAACGGCUUUAAACUUCUACCAUUCUUGAUCUCGCCUCUGAACUCAAAGCUUGAUCAGGAAUAUAUGAUGAAAUCGAUUUCUGGACUGGCCGCAACAGGCUGUGCAGUUUCGCUGCAAUGCAACAAUGAUGGCUAUGAUGCCCUCGAAAUCCUAGAAUCAGGUCGAGGGGCCAUCAAUCGGCUGACAAUCAAUUCAAGAAAUGACCUCUCAACUCUAUAUGAGUCCUAUCCACGCUUGGCAAAGCGAUUUGAAAAUCUCAGAGUUCUGGGUAAUGCUCCGUCCGAAUCCAGGGAAAGCGCCGGGAACACUAUCCCUGCAAGGAGCACUCUGAAAUCCGCACGAAAGAGGGAUUUGAAAACUUCCAAAACUUCUUCUUCGAAGGACCAGCUUCUUGACACUGCCGCAAAAAAGACCAGAGUUCUUUUGAAUACUACUCAUUUCCGUACAGACGCUGUUAUCAUUGAUGGCAACGGAGACGUCCAGACUCUACCCCUAGAUCAGUCAGUUUUCCAAAAUUCAUCUAAGUACUAUGGCAAACUGCAAAAUAGGUUUGGGUACAACAAUCAUGGAGAUUGGGCAAAAUCGAAUACGGACAUGCGAAACUUCUUGGAAUGGUUAUGGGACCAAGUAGUUGGACCGGUUUUAGACGCAUUAAAGUUGAAGCCAUUGAAGAUUCUCUACGAUUACGAUCCACUAGUUAACAAGACCAAGGCAGAUCACCUCUCCAAUCUAAGAAACACCACUGGUCCUAGAUGUCCCAAUUCAGACCAGCUGGUGAUCCUCCAAGAAUUAAUGAAGCAACAGCCCAACAUUACAAGCUCUGCAAAUUCUACCGAAUCUCCUAGGGCUCAAUUCAGAACUCGGAAACCAGCUAAUGCCCCUAAGUUUCCACGAAUUUAUUGGAUUGGUGUUGGCUAUAUGGGUGCUUUCCCUUUUCAUGCCGCUGGGUAUGGAUCCCGAUACCUACGGAAAAAUACCAUGAGCUGCGUAAUAUCCUCCUACGCUUCAACGCUCACAGUCCUAGCAUUUGCAGGACGGAAGCAGACAACGCUUCAACCCAGCGCUUCGAAGCUGCUUUUGGUCACAAUGCCGAAGACACCAAAUGAAUCCGAUCUUCCAGGAGUAGCCAAGGAGGCCCAAAUUAUUCAAGAAGCUGCAAAGAUUCUCGCGACUGUCGAAUUACGUGAGUUAGCUCCCGUACAGGUGGUCCUGGACGAUUUACCACUUUUCAAUGCCGUCCACUUUGCAUGCCAUGGCUACGCAGACCCAAACAGUCCAUUUCGGGGUGGCUUACUCUUGUGUGGGGAUGAACCUGAAAAGAUUUUCGCUGAGAACACCCAGAACAGCAUACUCACGGUCGAGUCUAUCAGCUCGGUCAAUACGGAGAACUCGCACCUUGCUUUCCUAUCUGCCUGCUGUACUGCAGAAAAUGCGUCUUCACUACUCAUGGAUGAAGGAAUCCACCUAGCUAGCGGUUUCCAGCUCUCUGGCUUUCCUCACGUGAUCGAUUCUUUGUGGGAAGCUGAUGAUGAGCUUUCUGUGACCAUAGCGGAGAAGUUCUAUCAGAUAACUUUUGCUCGGAGCAAUCUUACUGGACACAACAAGAUAGCCUAUGCACUUCAUGACGCGGUUCUAGCCGCACGCCGAAGUUGCGAUGACCCUUUGUCCUGGGCUACAACGGUGCAUUUUGGACCUUGA